AUGUUUGCUAUCCUACCAGCGUGGUGCCAUUGUGAGCCAGAAACUAUCACAUGUCCUCCUGGAACUCCAUGUCCACCUGGACAGCCUGGAAUGCCAGGAAAUCCUGGACCACCAGGACCACCGGGUCAAGAUGAUAUGACCGUUUAUGCACCAAUUCAUUGCCCACCGCCUGACCAUGCAUGUGUCAGAUGCCCAUCAGGGCCGGCAGGUCCCCCUGGACCCGACGGACCUCCAGGAAAUCCCGGAAUGGACGGUAGGCCUGGAAGUCCGGGGACCCGUGGGCAGAACGGUCCACCUGGACCAGCAGGACCUCCAGGUGGAGCUGGACAAGCUGGCCAUCCAAGCAUGGACGGUCGACCGGGAGCACCUGGAAUGGAUGGAAGGUUGUGGUAUGGUAUGCCGGGAACGCGAGGAAGUGAUGGACACCCGGGUUCAAGUAGAAUGCCUGGACCACCAGGAAAAGAUGCGCAUUAUUGCCCUUGUCCACGUCGCAGUCAUAUGCGCAGAAGGAAGAAGAAGUUCUUUUAA